AUGCCAGGUUCCAACAACGCCAUCGACAAGCGAGACUUUGACGCGAAUCGUCCCCUGCUACAAGACAUAGACGCCGAGCCAGAAUCGGGUCAUCAAAGUCCCGAUCUUGGUCCUGUGCGAUUACGCGCUGGAUCACGGAGUUCGGGCGAUGAUGGGAUCGGUCUGCGGAGUGAUGAUGGGAUUCUUAGUGAUGUUGUCGGCGGGAUUGUUGAGCGUGAUAGGAGAAUGAUGCAUGUCGAGGUUGUGAGGGUUGUUAGUUUUGCUUGGGGGGUUAUUACUUGUCUCGGAGCUGGCAGUAUCACUGCCUUCUCAUUAUACGGCCAUUUGCUGCUCACUCGGUUACAUUACUCGCAGCUGCAGGUCAAUGCUGUUUCCAUCGCUGCUGAGGUUGCCAUGUAUCUGCCUGUUCCGUUGUUCGGGUACCUAUGUGAUCGAUACAGUCCUUCGCCUUUAUCUCUGUUCUCUGGAGUUGUUUUCGGGUUUGGAUAUCUCCUCGCUGGAUAUGCAUACAAGAGUGGUCCGCCUGUUGAGGCCGGCGGGUCUGGGUUGCCGUUCUGGGUGAUGAUUGUGGCCUUUAUUGCCAUUGGCAUGGCGACUAGCUGCAUGUAUCUUGCUGCUGUGGCGACCUGUGCUAAGAACUUUGGCCGAGGAAAGCACAAGGGCAUUAUGCUUGCUGUUCCUAUUGCUGCGUUUGGUCUGAGUGGCAUGUGGCAGAGUCAGGUUGGGACGUAUCUGUUGUAUGAAAAGCUUGACGAUGGGACACAUGGGGAUCUGGAUGUCUUCCGAUACUUUGUCUUCCUGGCGCUGUUGUUGCUUGGUAUUGGUAUUGUCGGUACCUUUGCUUUGCAGAUUGUUGAAGAAGACGACCAGUAUAUUGAUGAGACUGUCGAGGAAUUGGAGCGCAGUGGAUUGUUGGAGGAAAGUGAUUUCUUCCAGCCUCGGGGUGACAUCAGAACUGCACUUGAAUAUGGCACAUUCUCCGAUGCCUUUGACGAGGAGAACUCCCAAGCUCUUUCCGACGAAGAACGUGAGCAGAGACGACUGGAAAAGGAACGCGAAGAGGAAGAGCGCCGGAAGAAGAACUGGCUGCUUAAUUACGAGACUAGAGUCUUCCUCAAAGACCAGACGAUGUGGUGGCUGGCUGCAGGUUUCUUCCUGGUUACCGGACCAGGAGAGUCAUACAUAAACAAUUUGGGCACAAUUAUCCCUACUCUCACACCACAAUCCUACCCAGCCGGCGCCUCCCCGCCGGCCGGCUCCCCUUCAACACACGUCACAACAAUAGCCCUGACCUCCACAAUUGCCCGACUCCUCACAGGCUCACUGUCAGACCUCUUCGCACCACCAGCAACCCAUCUCUUCCCCCCAAUCUCAGAAGAAGCCCGAUACAGACACGGGGCUUUGCCCUCUUCUACAAACGGCCUGACUCUUUCCCGGAUGACCUUCCUCAUCCCCUCUGCCCUCCUCCUCUCUCUAGGCUACCUCCUCCUAGCCUCGCCCCUCCCCCUUUCCCACCCAGUCCUCUUCAACCUAACCACGGCUCUAAUAGGCUUCGGGUACGGCAGUGCCUUCUCCCUAGCUCCAAUCAUCAUAUCCGUUGUCUGGGGCGUCGAGAACUUCGCUACGAAUUGGGGCAUUGUUGCCAUGAUGCCUGCUGCUGGCGCAGCGCUUUGGGGCGUUGUCUAUUCGACUGCUUACCAGCGUGCUGUUGAUCAUGGUGCUGGUGGUGGUCUGCCGGAUGGACAGUGCCACGGCUGGCGCUGUUAUGGGUUCUGGGCUGUGGGGUGUACGGUCAGUGUUUGGAUUGCGCUUGGGGCAUGGUUGCUUGCUUGGAGGGGUUGGAAGAGGAGGGGUGUUGUUGUUUAG